CAUAUGGCACUCCAGCUGCCACAUUUAAAUUGAGAGAGAGAGAGAGAGAGAACUUUCAUAAACCAACAAACAGAAACGAUAGCAAAGCAAUGCAAGCCCCAAAAUAGAGGGAACUCAAGAUUCUUGCCAUGAACUUUACCUGCUACAUCUUUCUGGCUAAAACGAAACAGAAGCAGCAUUUAUCAUCUUUUUAGUGGGAUUCAUUUCAUGGCUACUAAGCUUGUCCAACCCGCUUCUCAGGUGCCUCCUCCCGUAACCAGAAUCACAAAGAUUAUAACAAGUCACAAGUCAUUCCUAGCCAUUCAUCCAUGGACGAGGAACACAAGAAUUGAUGAUGGGUUUAUGCCAAUUCAUAUCACCAAAGUUGCAGAAAAAAGCUCUGGCUUAGUUGGGGACAACAAGGAGAUGGAACAACAUGAAAAAGAUAGCAGGACAGUUUCACAGAUCAAAGAAGACCUUUACCAGGCAGUAGAAGGAAUUAACAGAGGGAUUUUUGGAAUUCCUUCUGCAAAGAAAUCAGAAAUUCAUGGUUUAGUGGAGCUAUUAGAGUCUCAGAAUCCAACUCCAGAUCCCACUCUAAAUCUAGAUAAGGUGGAUGGUUGCUGGAAACUUUUGUACAGUACAAUUACUAUACUGGGGUCAAAAAGAACAAAGCUAGGACUCAGAGAUUUCAUCAGUUUGGGGGACUUCUUCCAGAAAAUUGAUGUUUCUAAGGCCAAAGCGAUUAAUUUGAUCAAGUUCAACGUUAGAGGAUUGAAUUUGUUGAAUGGACAGCUGACAAUUGAAGCCUCUUUCAAGACCUCAUCUAACUCAAGAGUUGAAAUAAGUUUUGAGAAUUCAACUAUCACUCCUCAUCAGUAUUUCAGGUGUUUUGGUGAAGUCACAGAGCAUAGGAGUGCAAAAGGAAGCUUGGAGAGGUCAAAAGACUGAGAAUUGCUGCUGAUACAAAGUACAUGGGCAGUGUAAGCAAAGCCACAGGCCCGUGUAACCUUCUGCCAGAUGAAAGCCAGAGAGCCAAUGGAGGAACAAAAGUACACGAGUCGUGUAAUUGGACCCGUGUAAGUCUCUACCGGGCACAAGCUUGAAGAAUUUCCUGAGAACAAAAGUACACGGGUUGUGUAACCAGGCCUGUGUAGCCACCGCAAACUCAUGUAAACCUCUGUGCCAAUGCAACACUCUGCCAUUUCGCUCCAGUAAGUUACAUGGCCCAGGGCCAUGUAGUGACACAUGAGCCGUGUAUAAUGUGGCAGCUAGUUUCCUAACUCGAAUUCCCGCUCUUGUUUACAGAUUCAAAACAGGCUCCUAAGGCUUUUUGGCCUCAAAAUGACCUAACCCUAGAAUAGCUAUUAUAAAUAAAAGCAGAAAAUAUCAAGAAAAGGGAGAUCAAUCUUUUUCAGAGAUUUUUAGGAGUUUCAAAGAGUGCUCGCUUCUGCACUCUCUUCAGCUGUCUUGAGGAGAGGAAUAUCAGUAUCAUGGAGCAGUUUUUCAGCCAAAGUUCCACAAGAUCAAAGCUGUAAACCCUCUUCAGUUCUUUCAUUCCAUCUCCUUAAACGGAUUUUUAUUGUUCUUUACUUCAUUUUUAUUAUGUUUGCUGAACUCACCAUGAGUGAUUAGUUUUCAUAUUCUGAAAUUGGGAGACUAAUGUUUGUAAUCAUUAUUAUGGAUAAACAUUAAGUUUUAUUUAUUGG